AUGGCUCUACCAAAGCGAUCAAGAAAUGGAUGUUUGAGUUGUAAAAGGUUAAGAAUUAAGUGCAAUGAAGCCCAUCCUUGUUGUGAGUAUUGCGUUCAUACCAACCGAGAAUGUGUUUACCCACCACCGGGACCUAUCAAAGGAAGUACAUCAUCUAGUGCCUCCUCUACCCCUGGUUCAAGUAGAAGUAGAAGCAAAAGUCCCAGGGUGACUGCAUCAUCCGAACCAAUUGUAAUUUUGAAUCCUACAAAGGACUUGGUGCUUACCCAGACAACCUCACAAAUGGACAUUUCAGCAUUUGAAUUGCGGCUUCUUCAUUUUUUUAACCAUAGGUGCAUUGAUUUCUUUUCAUUUGGAGUCAACCUGAGAAAUACUUGGAAAUUCAAGGUUCCUAAGUUAUUGCCAGGAAGUGAUUUGGUCCAGCAAAGCAUUUACAGUUUUUCAGGCAUGACUCUACUAAGUGAAUUUGAACUAACUGGAAAUAUGGAUUCAAUGGCAUUGUUACCGUAUGACAUCAAGGAUAAACUAUUUGAGAAAACGUUGUCUUAUUUCAACAAAACAUUAGCACAAAAUCGGGAACGGGUGGUGAGUAUCAAUGGCAAUGAGGAGAAGGCUAAAGAAGUGUUGAUAUCUAGUAUUUUAAUGCUUGCAUUCUUGGGAGUCCAUCCGUAUAAACUUCUUCCUUUGAUCUCAUUUGACAGAUCCAAGCCAGAUCUACUUACAAUAUCCCGAGGAAUUAGAACUAUUUUAACGCAAACUCUUCCCGUGAUUUUGAACACGGAUCUACGAGAGUUGAUGGUAUUCAAGGAUGCGAUUGCAAAUUUAGCGCCGCUGAUCCAAGAAGCUACAUACCCGCUUAUAAUUCAACUACUUGAAGAUCUAGAUACCACGGAGUUACCAGAAGAUGAACGCAAAAUCUGCCGAGAUGCAAUUCAAGGGUUGAAUGAAGCAUUGUUUGCAUGUAUGUACUUCAAAUUUCCGAUCCCAUUAUUCCGAUGGGCCAUAGUAAUCCCUGAUGCAUACCGUGACCUUCUUUAUGAACACCAUGAAUUUGCAAUGAGGUUAUUGUAUGUGUUUUCCUGCUUAUGUCUAAUUUUCCAAUUUUUCAUGUCUAAAGAAAAGAACAUGUGGAUCGAUCAUAUGGAAGAGUACAAGAAAUACAAUGAUACUCGAUAUGGAGGGUUCUUAUAUGAUUUAGAUCACUGGUUAUUUGAAUUGGGUGUGACCAGAGAACUCCGUAUUAGAAACUAUAAUGACGCAGGCUAUUUCGAUCCCAAGGCUGAGUAUUAUAAAGCUUAG